CAACUUUUCGCAUCGUUUGUUUACAAUAUAAUAUUUCUUUGUUUUUUGGAAAAUAAAAUCGGAAUAUUGAAUUAAAAUAUUUUAACAUUUACAUCUAACCAACAGCCGUAUCACUUCAAAAUGGUAGGCUACCUAAUGCUUUUAAAGAUGUUGCAUUGCAAUCACAAUUUACAUCGGAAAAGAAGGAACUCUAACGAUGUAACCUUUACCACCAACAAAUCGUUCCCCAAAACCGACCCUCCAAAGGCUCCAAGAAUCAAGAAAGAACGAUACGACCCUGAAGAACAGGGUAUGUGCAGAGUUUGUUUGAAAGAAGGUAAUAUACCGAUAUACGGUAAUGAAACCUAUGAAGAUGUAUCGGAAGCAUUGUGUACUUUCGGCGAUAUUACAGUAAGCUCUGAUGACGAUUAUACCAAAUUUCUAUGUCAGUCCUGCUACGAAUUUCUGAAGGGAGCUAUAGAAUUCAGAAAGAAGGCCAAGCAAUCUGAUGAGACUUUACGGUGGCAGCUAAGUGAAAACUUUUUAGAAAAUGAUACUUCAGAUAAUAUUCACGACGUGGAAUCGAGUGAAAAUGAAGAAACUAGCAAGGAAGAAGAUAAUUACUUCUGCAGAAAAUGUGUGAGAGGCUUUAAGACUUUCAAAGAGUACAGCGAACACAGAUUAAGUGCUGAACAUGAAAAUGUUAGACACAAAUGUCCGAUUUGCAAUAAAUUGUACACAGCGGUGUAUAUUAAGAAACACAUGUUGUUACAUAAACUAGAGAGGCAAUUUAUGUGUGAUAUAUGUGGUAAAAAUUUCCCAUUACAAGCUCCAUUUAAGAGGCAUAGAGUAACACAUUUCUAUAGCCUUCCUUUUCAAUGUACGUUGUGCCCAUACAGAGGAAGAUUUAGGGAAUCGUUGAAAAUGCAUAUGAGAACUCAUACUGGGGAGAAACCUUACCAAUGCUCCCAAUGUCCUUCGCGAUUUGUUAAUGCAAGUAAUCUUAAUAAACACAUGUUGACUCACACUCGCAAUCAUGAUUUUAAAUGUGAUAUGUGUGGUCGAGGGUUUUAUACCAAGCGAGAUUUAGGCUCACACUUCAAAGUUGAUCAUUCUGGUAUUAAAGAGCAUGUAUGUGAGAUGUGUGGCAAAGCUUUUGGCCACAGGAAACAAAUGAUGAAGCAUCAGUUGAUUGUUCAUAAGAGAGAGAAGUUAAGGAGUGGACGUACACCUUUGUAUUUGCAAGUUGAAAGUCAAAAUAAAGUUUGUAGUGAUUAGUUUUAAUUUUAUUGUAUGCUUGAUGUAUGAAUGAUAAUAAAUUAUCUCAAUUUU